AUGGAUCCAAACGCAACCAAUCAAACUGUUGACCAGAUCAGUACAGAAAUAAGCGAUCACGAACUCGAUUCAAAUCGUUGCGCGGACAGCGCGGUUCAGGAUCAUGCGACACAAAUUUACCGAAGUAAAAUGGCCAGAAAAACCGCAAAAGCUAACGUCACGCGUAAAAUAAAUGAGAUCGCCGAGUUAGUUAAGGAUGUUAAUAACUUGGAACGUGUUCAGAGCGUAUAUUACGAUUUUGAAGAAUCUUUAAGAAAAUUUACUUUGGCACAUGGAAAUUAUCACGCAAAUUUAACUGAUGAAGAUGACGUACAGGAAUCGGAAGCUUAUUAUAGUGUUGAAGUACGCAGAACAUCUGCAUUUAAAGAUAGGAUAAAAACUUGGCUUGAAAAUAACGAAUUCUGUCAUAAAAACGGAACGGAACAAUUUAAUGAAAUUAGACCUAGCGAUUCCGUGAGUAAUAUUUGCAGUCGCACAGACUGCGGUUCAAAGUCUUCACGCAAGUCAAAAGUUGUACGCUCUGAUAUCGGUUCAAUGAGUUCUCGAGUCUCCAGUAAGGGUUCAGCGUUUAGCGCAAAAGCUGCUGCUGCCGCAAGAAAGGCAGUUCUAGAAGAAGAAGCGAUCAGGCUUCAACGGCGACAAGAGCUCCAACAACAAGAGCUUUGUCUUAAACAAAAAAGAGAAGAACUCGAACUCGAAACUAAAAUAGCGCAAGCGGCUGCCGAAGAGCGUACUUACAGCGAAAUUGGCGCGUCUCAACCCGAACAUGUCAAUCCAAAACAAUGUCGUGACGAAUUGCGUGCGUGUUCAAUUGUUAACUCUAAAGUAAUGGGAUGCCCCAGGGAAGAACAUUCUAGAAUAAACCUCGAAGCUGUAAACCAAUUACCAACCACUCAGAACUUACUGUCAACACCACUUAAUCCCCACGCUAAAGAUUGGAGUGUUAAUAGGAACGAAGUUUCUAGGUGUCAGACGAAUUUGACAGAUCUUAAUAGGCCUGACACCCUCGCAAAUGAACAAUUAAACACGAUAGGAAAUGAGGAAAAUUUGGCAGUAUUACAAUCAGUCUACCCUUCGCAAGAAACUCACACUCAAGAUGCAAAAAUAGUAGAGUUAUUAAUCCAGCAACAACAGCAAACAUUGGCUUUGACACUUCCGUCACCUAAGGUGCCCAUCUUUCAUGGUAACCCAAUCGAUUUCCACACUUUCAUUCAAGCUUUUGAACAAUUGAUAGAGUCUAAAACCCAAAGUGACAGUUCUAGACUAUAUUAUCUUUUACAAUACACAUCAGGUGACGUACAAGAUCUAAUGCGCAGUUGUUUAUCAAUGAGUCCCGAAGAAAGGUAUAAAGAGGCACGUCGGCUUCUAAAAACAAAAUACGGAAGAAAUUAUCAGAUUGCCACAGCGUAUGUUGAGCGUGUAACUAAUUACCCAUCAAUUAAAUCUGAGGACGGUGAAAGUUUACAGCGGUUUUCCAUUAUGUUAACAACUUGUAAAAAUGCCCUCAAGCAAAUUGGCUAUCUUAGUAAAAUUGAAAAUCCCGAUAGUUUACAAAAGAUUAUGGAAAAGUUACCUUUUGGUUUGCGACAAAAGUGGCGUGACGUAGCCGAUGACAUCACCGAAGUCAAACAACGCGAGAUCACAAUCGAGGACAUCGCAUUAUUUGUCGAGAAACGAGCGAGAGCCUGCAAUCACCCAAUUUUUGGCAAGAUUUCGAGAGAAACGAAAUCCGAAAACACUGUUGGAAAGAACACGAAAUCGACUCGAGGAUCAGCCUUUGCAACAAAGGGGAAUGACGACAACUCGCCUCGUACAGCAGUGAAAUGCCCAUCUUGUGGAAGCGGUCAUUGGCUUUCUCGGUGCGACGACUUUAAGAAAAGAUCGAUCGAAGAGCGGUUUAAACUCGUGCGUUCCUUAAAGUUAUGUGACAAUUGCCUCGUACCUGGUCACGUGGCGCGUUCGUGCCAGAAAAGAAGUUUCUGCAAGAUGGACGGAUGCAAGUACAAGCACUCUACAUUCCUGCAUCGAAAGCCAGCAAAUACCGACGGAGACCAAACGGCUAAAAACCCAAAAAACGAAAACGCCAAUCCUCAGCAAUCUCAAGUCGACGAACAUAAUGUGCAUAACGGUUACGUUAACACAGAUGAUGAGUGUCGCGAAUCUCGUGUGAUAGGGCUGCCGAUUGUUCCAGUGAAGGUGAGAGCAAAACAAGGUAGUCGAACGGUCGAAACAUACGCCUUUCUCGACGGUGGUUCUAACACUUCGUUCAUUACCGAAUCACUGUUGAAGCAACUCGCGGUCAAAGGCAGCAAAACAACACUAUCCCUGACCACUAUGGAAAAAGAAAGGAGCAAAUUGGAGAGCUCGGUCGUCAGCAUUGAAGUUAGCGAUUUGAAUGGUCAGAAUGCUGUUGAAAUUCCUAACGUAUUUUCUGUUUCCAAGUUGCCAGUAUCCAGAGAGGAUAUCCCACGCAAAAGCGAUGUAGAACGUUGGUCUCAUCUCGAAGGCAUUGAUAUCGAUGAAGCUGACUGCGAAGUCGGCCUCCUAAUUGGUAAUGACGUCCCGAAAGCGUUGCAACCUAAAGAGGUUGUAGAAAGUAAUUCAGAUGGCCCGUACGCUGUGAGAACUGUUUGGGGUUGGACAGUAAACGGACCACUGGGUCGUAACGAUCAUCAAGCUGCAACGGCUAACUUCAUUCAGAGCAACGAGUUGGAGACAAUCUUCCGGCAAUUUUGCAAUCGGGAAUUUAAUGACGUAGAAGACGACGUAGCGAUGUCAUGCCUGGACAAAAGAGCGUUGAAGAUCAUGGAAGAAAGCGUUCGAUUAAAAGACAACCAUUACGAACUAGCCCUACCUUGGAAGAACACACAGCCGUCUCUGCCAAAGAACAAGUCUAUCGCAGUACGUAGGUUAAUGUUGUUGAAGAAAAGAUUAACUAAAGAUAGCGACCUUUUUCAAAAAUAUUCAGCUUUCAUGCAAGAUCUCCUGCAGAAAGGCUACGCCAGGAAAAUACCAGAGGAAGAACGUCAUCGACAAAGCAAUACUACCUGGUAUCUACCACAUCACCCCGUUUUCCAUCCCCAGAAGCCAGAUAAAGUUUGUGUCGUGUUCGAUUGUGCAGCCGAAUGCGGGGGUACCUCUUUAAACAAGGAACUGUUACAGGGGCCGGACCUUACCAACAGUUUGGUUGGAGUCUUGACGCGAUUCCGCGAAGGACCAGUGGCGAUGAUGGCAGACGUUGAAGCAAUGUUCCACCAAGUGCGAGUCCGAUCCGAGGAUUGCGAUGCCUUACGUUUUCUGUGGUGGCCUGAGAACGACCUCAACCGCGAACCUGAAGAGUAUCAGAUGUUGGUUCAUCUAUUCGGCGGGAUAUCUUCACCAACCUGUGCUAACUUCGCCCUACGACGGACCGCUGACGACAACGCGAAAGAAUUCGAUUCCGAAAUCAUCAACACUAUCAAGCGCAACUUCUACGUAGACGAUUGCCUCAAGUCAACCGAAAAUGAACAGGUAGCGAUUAACACGGCAGAGCAAUUGCGACUUCUUCUAUCCAAAGGUGGAUUUUGACUAACAAAGUGGCUGUCAAAUUCCAGAAAGGUAAUUGAGUCGGUUCCCGAGUUAGAAAGAUCGAAGUCGUUUAAAGAAGUAAUCCACUUUGCGGAUUUACCAACCGAACGUGCUCUCGGUGUCUUGUGGAACGUUGAAGCUGAUACGUUUGGAUAUUCUAUCUCAUUGAAAGAUAAACCACUUACGCGACGAGGAAUUCUGUCAGUUGUGUCUUCGGUGUAUGACCCCCUUGGUUUCGCAGCGCCCUUCAUUCUGCUUGCCAAAGAAAUCCUGCAGGAUCUGUGCAGAAUGAAUAUCGGAUGGGACGACCCAAUCCCGGAUAUUUACAUUAAACGUUGGGAAGCAUGGUUGAAAGACUUACCUAAGUUGGAAGGUCUCAAAGUUAAACGCUGUUUUAAGCCGCCUGGAUUCAGCGAAGUCGCUUCGUCCGAGUUACAUCACUUCUCUGAUGCUUCACAGCGUGGCUACAGUGCUAUUUCGUAUUUACGAAUGAUCGACGCGAAAGAAGAAGUUCACUGCGCGUUUGUGAUGGGCAAAUCAAGGUUGGCACCGUUGAAAUCAGUUACAAUUCCACGGUUGGAAUUGUCGGCAGCUGUCUUGGCAACGAAGUUAGACAAGACGAUUAGGAAAGAAAUCGAUAUUCCAAUCAAUGAUUCGUUCUUCUGGACGGACAGUACGUGUGUACUAAGUUAUAUUUCGAAUGAAGACAAGAGAUUCCACACUUUCGUUGCAAAUCGCGUGUCUACAAUUCACGAUGCAUCAUCACCAUCUCAAUGGAACUACGUUGACACGAAAUCUAACCCUGCUGACGACGCGUCGAGAGGACUGGAAAUAGAGGAUCUGCUGAAGAACAAACGUUGGCUGGAUGGACCAGAGUUCUUAUGGAAAACAAAAGACUGCUGGCCGAAACUGGAGAUCAACGAUGUUUCCAAAGUUAAAGAGGACGAUCCAGAAGUAAAGAAAUGCAAAUCUCUGGCAGUCACAACUAAUCCCACCGCCUUUUACAACAUGAGUGAAAUAUUUUCCAGAUUUUCCUCCUGGUACCGUUUGAAAAGGUUUGUUGCCUGGCUGCUGCGUUACAGGUCGGCAUUACGUAAAGCUCGCGAAAGACGUUCUCGAGGGCAGCCCGUACCGAAACACACAGAGAUUCAGCCGAUGACUGUUAAAGAGAUGCAAGAAGCGGAACACGAAAUCGUCAAAGUUGUACAACAACAAAGUUUCCCAAUUGAGAUUGCAGCUAUUCGAAAGAAAGAAAGUUCCAAUGCCGAAAACAAUGGCAACUUGAGAGCAAUCAAACCAUCAAGUCCAAUCUACAAGCUUGACCCGAUCUCGAAGAAUGACGUUUUAUGCGUUGGAGGACGUUUGCGAAACUCAACACUCUCAGAUGAAGCGAGGAAUCCUGUAAUAUUACCAAAAAGUCAUCAUGUCGUGAAAUUAAUCAUCGAGUAUUACCACGACAUUUCUGCCCAUUCUGGAUUGGAGCAUGUUCUAGCAUUAUUAAGAGAAAGAUACUGGAUUGUUGGCGCUCGCGUCGCAAUCAAGAGCGUACUAGGACGGUGUCAUGAUUGUAAGAAGAGACGUGCACCUGUUGGUGAGCAAAAGAUGGCAGAUCUUCCGGAAGAUCGUGUCACACCUGGAAAACCACCUUUCACUAACGUAGGCGUAGAUUGUUUUGGGCCUUUCACAGUGAAACGCGGUAGAAGUCAUGUGAAAAGAUACGGUGUACUGUUCACUUGUUUGGCGAUUCGAGCGGUACAUAUCGAAAUUGCGAACAAUUUGGACACUGACUCGUUUAUCAAUGCGUUGAGGAGAUUUGUAGCGAGGCGGGGUCAGCCUGAAGAGAUACGGUCCGAUAACGGAACGAAUUUCGUUGGAGGAAAUAGAGAGUUACGGGAGUCCAUCAACUUGUGGAAUCCAGAGAAGAUCAACCAGUUCUUGACGCAGAGAAAUGUGAAAUGGACUUUCAACCCACCCAAAGCAUCUCACCACGGAGGUGUUUGGGAACGUUGUAUUCGUACGGUAAGGAAGGUUCUGAAUGCAAUUACGAAAGAGCAAGUGCUUGACGACGAACGUUUGUACACCCUCAUGUGCGAAGUCGAAGCAAUUGUGAACGGCCGACCAAUUACGAAAGUCUCGGACGAUCCUAAAGAUCUCGAAGCCCUCACUCCAAACCACCUGUUACUGCUCCGGAAAGGAUCCCACGUUCCCCCCGGUGUAUUUACCAACAACGAUACCCAUUCGCGUCGCAGAUGGAGGCAAGUCCAAUACCUUGCAGAUAUCUUCUGGAAACGUUGGGUAAAAGAGUAUCUACCACGUCUGCAAGAACGACAAAAAUGGACCAACACUCGAAGGAACUUUGCCGUGGGAGAUAUUGUGCUUCUCGUUGACGAAAGCUCGCCUCGUUGCAGCUGGCCGUUGGGUAGGAUAGUCGACGUUCACCGGAACAGUAAAGAUAAGCUCGUGCGAAGUGUCUCGGUGAGAACGAAGUCUACAAUCUUGGACCGGCCGGUGGCGAAGAUAGUCCUGUUGGAGACAGUGGAACACAUGGAAGGAGAAGGAAGAACCAAGUGAACGGUUUGAUAUUGCAUGAACAUAUUUGCAUGUUAUAGAUUUAUUAAUAGAUAAUUUUACUUUUCGAUCCAUUUAUGUUUGGGAAAUGCUUCACAUAAAUAGUUUCGCAUUUAGGGGCCGGUAUGUUGGAUCGGAAAGCUACAUUAAGACGUUAAGCUAAAUAAGUGCAUCAUUGUGAAUGACACUCGCAUCUGUUAAUGAUCACAUAGCAGUCGAACAUUUGUUAGUAUAGAUAAUCAGCCUUUAUUUUAUCUCAUAAUUGGUUUAUAUGACAAGUGUACAUCAUGACACGCAAACCAGUGCAUGGGUCAGUAUAGUUUUGUAAUUCAAAGAGAGAGGAACUGCUACAUCUUUUAGAGGAUUUUAUGGUAAAAGAAUAGACGAAAAAGAGCGACAGGGAAAACAUCUGUAAGUGACAAUUCAUGUGCAUGCAGUUCAUAAGUUUAUUGUGUAGUUAUGUUUUAUAUAGUCAGUUUAUACGAUUUAGUAUUAAUUUAGGUCUAUAUCUAUUCUAUUUAGUCGAACCACGUUUCACGUUUAUGUUCACGGUUACUGUGCGUUUUACACGUUAAAGACUUUUGUUGAAAUUAUAUACUUAAUUGAAACUAUCGUCUCGAGUUUGCGAUCGUGUAUUUCGUUGCCGUUGGUUUUGUCAGAAUUUGUUUAUAUUCUGAACUAUUUCGCCACGUGCGUUUGGAGCGUUUUCCAACCGAUUCAUCAAAUUUUCUGACUUAUACUCACACGUAAGCCUACGAACUGAAUUUGGUCCUCUCGUUCAAAAGUAGUGAGGCUUACAGUUGUUGCUUUUCGUCUUUUUCAUAUUUACAGCUUUACGGAGUCUGCUUUCUCUGCCGAGCAUAAACCUUGUUCACUUUAUUCUGUUUAGCAUAAUUAGAUGUUUUACUACCUUUAAUUGAUAAAAGAAAGUCUUAAUACUAUUAGCCUGACUAAAAAUUAUAAAGUAAAUGACUGCAAUGAAGCUUAACCUUGAUUAGUUGGGUCAACAGGAUUAUGUUGUGUUCCAGAAUCAAUUUGCAUUGGUCUUGAGGAUGGACCUAAGAAAGGACCUAAAUAUUAGUGGGACAUUGAUUAAUUCCUUUUUAGGGCUGUUCAGAAAUCUGAUUGGUAAAAUUUUUUUUUGCAGGAGAUCCUUUGAGGAAGAGGUCCUGGUGUCAUACCUGUAACUUUAUCAUCAUCACUGAAUUUGAACAGCUGGGAAAUUUGUUGUCGCUGUGCAGAGAAAUUGCUGGUGCACAUGAUAUUUUACAAAAAUUCAAAAAUUUGAAAAACAACAUGAGAGAAAUUUCAACUUAUGAUUUUGAAUUUUUGAGACAGCGAUCAAGGAAAUUAAAUUGCAGGAAAAACUUCACUAACAUCUCAAGUAUGGAAAGCAUCUACACUCGGCAUUUUAAUUGUGGAUUGAUUCAAAAGUCAGGCAAUAAAGUUACAUAGCUAGGAGUUGGCUUUUGUGCUCUUCAAAAAUCCAUUUUCAUUCACGGAUUACCACAACUUGUUGGUCUCAUGGGUGCCACAAUCGACAUAUAAAACGUAAACUGCUAACCAAGAGCUAUAAAUAGCUUUUCAAAAAGAUAAACUUUGUUCAGUCAAAAGGAUGAGGGUAAAUAAACAUUCUACUGUGUGACGUUGAUUUCGAAGCAACUUUGUCUCAUAUAUUUUAAAAAGUGUGAUAAGGAAUCAAAUUUUGCUUUUUGCUAUCCCAAAAAGGUAUGAAAAUUAUUUAAAUAUUUAAGGUUUCCAUGUUUAUAAAGUAUUUUUUAAGAAAAGUAAAAUUUUUCCCAAUAAAAAAAGCUUAGUUUCUGCAGGAAAUUGGCUAUUGGCUAUUUGUUUACUUUUGGAGAUAAAAGUUUGAGGUCCAAUUAUUUUAAAGUUUGAAAACUACCCAGCUAAUUCUUGGCUGUUGUUUGCAGCCUUAUAUGCCGGUUAAAAUUUAGUUAACUCCACAAUAAUAGAUCCUUUCAAAUGAAGGGAAAUUAAAAAUAGUAUAUUUGAUUACUUUUGCAGCACAGUCAGUACAUAGAUAGGGUGCAAUACCAGACCAAAUUGCAAAAAAAUUACCGAUUCCUCCAAAUUCAAAAUCAUAUUUUUUUGCUCAUAAAGCACACAUAGGAAACAGAAUUUAACAAUAAAUUUUGUUGCAAAAUUGCCCCUUUGCAUCUAAUUUUGCUUUGAAAUGUGUGUGUUUACUGCUUUUGUAAUCCUUGUAUGAAGCAAGAGUUCAAAAACAUUCGAAGUACUGUAAAAUGUAAUGAAAUCGACAACUUGACCUUGCCCUUGAGACCUUGCUACUGCCUCAGCACUGAAAUGUUUUUUUGACAAUGAUAAUUUACCAGUGUUAAUUUACCAGUGUUUCUUGGAUAUUUUCCUUGUUUAACUAGUAGAACCAAACGUACAAGUGCAUCUGAAGGCUAAGUGAAAGUUUUGUGUAGAAAUGCUCUGUUUGUGGGAAGUUAUUUUGCAUUUACAAGGCGUCAACAAAAGCCGGCAUUUUCACAUUGAUUAUCAUAUUGAUAGAUAAAAGCCGCUUUGAAAAUUCAAUUUCAAACAUUUUAAACCACCCAUAUUAGUAUAUAGUCAUAUUAACAUUGAAUUUCUUUCUGCUUGAACUCAAAUUUGUACUUGUUUUGCGUUCGACAAGGCUGUCAAGCUCUCGAUGAUUGGCUUUACCUUGGGCAAGACUGCAGAUUUAGCAUGUCAAAUGUUUUCUUGGGCCCUUCUUGUUUGUGUCAAGAUUAUAAUAUUCUAUUGCUGUUCAAACGAGAUAUUCUUACACUUGAAACAGAGUACAUAUUACUUUGCCUCAAGAAAAAAAAAUUAUAAAGAUUAAACAGGCAUUCACAAAGAUACAACAACUACGACCAUCUCGUUAUUUCUUUGGGGAAAUUUUCAAGUUUCAAUGGAAAUCUGGUGCAUGCGCAACAAAUUUCCCACUUGUUCUGAAUUUGAACACUGUGCAGCUGAAUAAUUUAAAGGAAUGUUCAUGUUCACAUUUUUUUGUGUAAAAUAGGUAAUGGGACAAGUACUGGUGCAAGACAUUGUGUAACCUAAAUAAUUAGGGGCCGGUCAUUAUUUAUGGAAGGGGGGGGAAAUAAGGGCAUAUGUAGAAAUAAAUGACAAGAAGGGGGCUAUUAAAUUUUUUCAAGAAAAUGAUGGGGGGUUGCAAUUAAAUUUGAAGGAAUUUGUAAUAACCUGAGUAUCCAUUUGGUUGUAAAUGUUGCAACUAUAAAUCAUGGUCACUGAUGUGAAAUAGUCUGGAUUCAUCUUGUCUUGUGUGUGCUGUAUGCAAAUCAAGGGGAUUCUGUGACGUCAUAUCGAUCAAAGUUUGUUUCAUGCCUUGUGAUCAGUGCUUCGGUCUGAAUUAUUCAUUCUGCCAGUGUAUGCUUUGCCUAGUUGCAGCAAGUUUUAGCGCCGAUACCUUUCCCCACCCACCCACCAUGCUCAUUCUAAAGGAUUUUAUCUGGUAGCUAGUAUAUGUCAUUUUAUUUUUAUAUAAUUUUUAAUCUCACAGAAAAUAGGAUGUAUAGACCACUAUACAUUGUAUUUCAUGGUAUGUCUUGGCAGAAUUGUCAUUGCUAUCUCCUUUUGCUGCUAAUACUACUGAUUGUUGCUAUCAUUGUUGCUUUCUUGGGCUGCUAUGUAAUACGUCGAUACCAUCAGGAGUCUAGUUGCAGCCUUAAACAUGGUUACAAUUGCCCAGACCAAAUGAAAACCUGAUUUUAGUGUUAUAUAUAAAAAUACUCCUCUUUUAAUUAUAUAAUUUUCCGCUAAUAUAUAUUUUUGGUUAACGUUAACAUGUUGCCAGUUCCAUAUUCUUAUUUAAUAAUUAACACUAUAACGCCUGGGUAUCCCCAUUUGACGAGCAAAAAUGAAAAUGGGGGAGGGGGGGGGGUCAAAGAAAAAUAUUCCAAUAUGCAGGGGGGGCCAUCAUUAAAUUUCUGCUCUUUUAGGGGGGGCUUUCAAUUUUAAAAAAUUAGACAAGAAAAAAUUCCCCCCCCCUUCCAUAAAUAAUGACCGGUCCCUUAGAGGACCAGUAUUCAAAUUUAUUGUUAUUUACUCCAACUUCAAUAGUAUAAACUGCAUAUAUUGUGAUAAAUUAUGGCAAUUAUGAUAAUAGGAACUAAAGCAGGGGUGAUCGAAAUAGUGGGAUACGAUAAGUCGAGAGAUAAAGGAGAGAGUAGGAAAGACAACCCUGUACGCGUUUCGACCCAACAGUCUUCUUCAGCAGGGUUUUUUAAAGGGGGAUGUAGGUAGGAUUUGCAGAGGAGAAUGAAGGAGAGUUUAGGAGUUUGGAAAAAUAAGGGUAGGGAUAAAUCGCAGAAACGUAAACUGAAAGCAGAAACUGAAAUGGGGAUAAAAGACCAUUGCGAACACAUGUAAUUUGCCUAUAAAACUGAAUAAAUAUAAGAAAAAAGUUACCGGUAAAAUGACAACCAAAAAUUUUCAAAGAAUGUCUGCUGCACUAUUUUUAAAGUCGUUUGAAUUAAAUUUGACUACUAUACCUCACAGUAAAGAUUGACAAAUUAUAAACCUGCAUUUAAUAAACUGAAUACUGCAGUGAGACAAUAUAAUGCAUGUUUAUUAUAUAAUAUACAGUGUUUUAAAUGGUAAUUUUUACGAGUACAAAUUAUUGUUAAUGGACGAUACUCAAUGCGCUAGACCUAAAAAUUAUAGAUUUAAAAUGUCUAUGUUAAGCCAACUCGAAAGCUACUAUUGUCUAAACAAAGGAAGACUCUAUCACAGACUUUCAUUAUUUGCUUGCCAAACCCGUAGGCUACUGCACCCAGUAUCGUUUAUUAAUUAUUGUCCAAACCACUAUGUUUGACCUAUUCAUAACUAUAACAAUGAAACUAUAGUUAAACAUGGGCAGAUAUCCGAGUUAGCUUUAUCUGCCUAUAUCAUUCUUACUUGGAUUGCGAGCUGUAAAGACUGAUUUAAAGAGUCAUUUAAAAAAUUAAUCGUUUCACGUUUAUCAUUUCUAAACGUCCACCAAAAAUAAUGCCAAGAGUUAGCAAACCACGAUCACGAGUUCGUCAGCAGGAUCAACGACCAUCCAGUAUUCAACCGUCCGUCGAAGUACCGAGCAAUUUGGGCGAGUUAUCAAUUUUAGAGUUGAAGAACCUUUGCCGCGAACUCAACUUUUCCUGCGCUGGCGGCCGACGGGUACUUACAACGCGUCUACAAAACGAAAGAGAACGUCUAAACACGAAUACGCCGCAAUCCAACAUUCAAACCGUUCCAGUAAACAACACGUUAUCUAAUUCCAACGCAAGGGAAAGCUUCAGCGCCGACCAACUGGCACAGAUCACGCAGAUUGUUUCGCAGUCGAUUUCGUCUUUCUUCGAAAGCCAACACGCCACAACAACCGCGACUCGUGUAGAUGAGCAGCCAACUAUCCCGCCACCGCCAACGCCACUCGAAAGGCUAGAACAGCUUGGUCAAUUUCCAUUUUUAAGUUCCAGCGAGCUCCAGCAGCAGCCGACUUCAUCCCAUGGACCUGUUGCCUCAAUCCAGCAAGCAGAUGGGGGAUUCACGCCAGAGAUUCCAAACAAAUACGUUCGUGACAUCGAAAGUGGUGAGUUUUUUGAGCUUGCUAAAUUAUUGCCAAAAAAUUUAAAUAAGUUAAAUGUUGGUUCCGAUUCUUCUGACAACGUGGGUUUCACAAUUUCCUCUACGGGAAUCUCAUUAACACCGCGCAAGCCUCAAGUGCUGACUAACAUUGAAGAGUGGACAACCGCUUUCAACACGUAUAUGUUAAUCAUAGUACAAAAAUUUCCAAAUCGUGCAUCAGAACUUUUACAGUACAUGGAAACCAUCCGUCAUGCGGCAAAAACGCAUGGCGGUUUAGGCUGGUGCAUAUAUGAUCAUAAAUUUCGCUAUAAAGCCGCCGCGUGUCGAACAUUGUCGUGGGCCAACAUUGACAUGCAGUUAUGGUUGCGUAUUUUCACCGCUAGCUCUACUCAGUUGCGGGAAGAUUAUUCCCUUUUUUCUAACGGACCCUCAAACAAAGCUGGGGCAGCGAGGGACGGAAUUUGCCACAGCUACAACAGGGGUAGACCUUGCCCAUUACGACCCAAUUGCCCUUACACUCACCGAUGUAACCGAAUUGGCUGUGGGGGGAACCAUCCUGGGUACCAAUGUCCACAAUCCCGUGGGGAAAACGAUCACAACGACGACCACCCUUCACAAUCCGCCCGUAGCUCCGCGAAGACCAACAGAAAAUAGAACUGUUAGUUUAAAGUGUAGUAUAUAUAAUAGCAGUAAUUCAAUACCUUUAGAUAAUACUAUAGUUACGCCAAUUCGCGUUGACGCGCUUGAAGGUGCUCUUUGUGGGCAUCCCAAUUCAUCAUUCGUUUUGAAACUCUGUUCAGACUUGCGUUUCGGUGCUCGUCUCGGUUACGAUGGUCCUCGCAUGUCAAAAUUUUCGAAAAACCUCAAGUCUGCCAUUGACAAUCCAACUAUUGUUUCAACUAACUUAGCUAAGGAAGUUGCUCUUGGCCACACAGCUGGUCCUUUCACCAAUCCGCCAUUUGCUAAUUUACAGGUUUCGCCAAUUGGCAUUGUACCUAAAAAGCAUUCAGAUAAAUUUCGAACCAUUUUUCACCUCUCGUUUCCAAAAACGGGAGAAUCAAUCAAUUCCUUUAUCGAGAAAGACGACUUUUCAUUGCAGUACAUAAAAAUCGACGACGCAAUUGCGGCUUUAAUCCGAUUAGGCAGAGGCACUUAUCUAGCUAAAACUGACAUAGAAUCUGCUUUUCGUCAAUUCCCUGUUCAUCCUGACGACUGGGAGUUAUUAGGCAUAUAUUGGAACAAGUCCUAUUAUUUUGACAAAGUGUUGCCAUUUGGUCUGCGUAGUGCGCCGUAUAUUUUCAAUCAACUUUCGGAUGCACUUGAAUGGAUUUUACUCAACAAGUGUUUUAUAAGCUAUGUUGGGCACAUUCUAGACGAUUUUCUCAUCAUGGAACCACCGGCCCAAACUGGGCUACCUUCUCAAGCAUGCCAAACUAGCCUUUCUAGCAUGUUGUUAACAUUCCGCACGUUAGGUGUUCCUAUUGCCGAGCAUAAAACUGAAGGACCCAGUCUCAUUAUAGAAUUUCUAGGCAUUAUCAUUGACUCACAAAAGAUGGAGGCUCGUCUUCCAUCCGAUAAAUUGAACCGUCUAUUUGUUGAUUUAAAUUCGUGGCACACAAAAAAGUCAGCUACACUCCAAGAGCUCCAAUCACUAAUUGGCACAUUAAAUUUUGCAUGCAAAGUAAUUGCCCCGGGUCGAGCUUUUCUGCAACGUAUCAUAAAUCUAACACGGGGUGUCUCCAAACCACAUCAUCACAUUCGCUUGACGAAUGGUUUUCGCGAAGACGUAAAAAUGUGGCAACUUUUUCUUAAAGACUGGAAUGGGACAAGUCUAUUUCUCAACUCUUUCUGGGAAAAUUCUACAAACCUUUCUCUCUAUACGGAUGCCUCGGGGACCCUUGGUUUUGGGGGAAUUUUUCGCAACCAGUGGUUUCAGGGUAAAUGGUUGCCUCACCAAACACUUACCACAAAAAAUAUCAGCAUUGAUUGGCAAGAGCUCUAUGCUAUUGUGGUAGCCUCCUACAUAUGGGCACCUUUAUGGGCUCAAAAACGAAUUGUGUUUUACUGCGAUAACCAGGCAGUGGUUUCCAUAAUCAAUUCCAAACGUUCAAAAAGCCCUCGUAUUAUGGACUUAGUGCGUCCUUUAACCUUACAAACACUGAAAUAUAACUUUUAUUUCAAAGCCUUACAUGUGCCUGGUCAUUAUAAUGACAUUGCUGAUUCUAUCUCCCGUUUUCAGCAAACCAGAUUUCGGCGGCUAGCACCGCAUGCAGACCAUCAACCUCAACCUCUACCAGAGGAACUUUCUCGUCUCUAGACGCUGACUUACGUCGUUAUCAACUUGCUUCGUUAGCUAAAGGUACGAUUAAAACUUAUAGCAGUGGCGAAAAACAGUUCACGAAUUUCUACUAUCAAUUCCAUUUACAUAAGUAUGUGCCUCUUCUGCCAACAACGGAAAACAUUCUGAUUUACUUUGCUGUUUUUCUCGCUAAGACGGUAAAUCCAGACACCAUCAAAGUCUAUCUCGCAGCAGUACGCCAUAUGCAUUUGGUUAACGGCUACGACCUUCAAAUCACCAAAUUUCAACGCCUACACUAUAUUUUGCGAGGUAUAAAGCGAGUAAAAGGAGUGUCUACAAGAACACGCCUACCAAUUACAUUAGACCAUUUGAAAUUGUUUCACCGCAUAUUACACUCACGGACAUCACCAACACAUGAUGAAACCAUGAUUUGGGCAGCGAUUUCCAUAGCAUUUUUCGGGUUUUUGCGGAUUGGUGAAAUGACUUGCUCCGGUCCUUAUAAUUCUUCAACAAACCUUUGCCGAUCAGAUGUAAGUUUUCAUAACAAAAAACGUGGGGAUAACGAGGUUUUUCUGCAACUACGAAUUAAAGCGUCAAAAACCGAUCAGUUUCGAGCCUCAGCCACAAUAACCAUUGGCAGCAAUUCUG